GUAAAACGAAUGCUACCAAUUCGUUGAACUAAUUAUUAAAUUCUUUGAAUAUUUUGUUCAAAUUUUAAAUGAAAUAGAAAUGGAAGCAUGUCAUGUAGUUAUUUGUACGAUUUUUUUAUUUUAUGUAAUAAUUUCGACGAAAUGUUUUGUAGAAAACUUAGAGAUUGUUAAUAUUAAAGGCAUAUCAAUAGAAAAUGCAAAGUUUUAUGCACCUGGAAAACGUUUUACAUGUUUAGAUGGUUCACUUACCAUUCCGUAUUCAUAUAUUAAUGAUGAUUAUUGUGAUUGUUUUGAUGCAAGUGACGAACCAAGUACUUCAGCAUGUCCUAAUGGUACAUUUUACUGUACAAAUAAAGGAAGUCUACCUUUUAUUAUACCAUCAUCACGUGUAAAUGAUGGGAUAUGUGAUUGUUGUGAUGGUUCAGAUGAAUGGACUAAUAAUGUACAAAAAGGGAGGUGUUACAGUUCUUGUGAAGAAUUGAAUCAUGCAACUAAAAUAGAAGCUAAUAGAGUAGACAAUUUAUAUGCAAUUGGGUUUAAAAUAAGAGCAAAACUAGUUACUAAAGGCAUAUAUCUUCUAAAACAAAAAAAAAAUAAAAUGUUUCAACUUCUUGCUUUAAAAAGAAAUGCUCAAUAUAUCAGAAGUAAUACAAUGAAAAAUAAAGAAAAAGCUGAAGCAAAAAAAAAAAAAGCUAUUGAAGAGGAAAAAUUAAGACAACAAAAUGAAGCAUUUAAAAUAUUUAGUGAAAUAGACUCUAACAAAAACAAUAAAAUUGAAGUGGACAAAUUAAUUGCUUACAAUAUUGUUGAUCAAAAUCAAGAUGAUUUCGUCUCACAAAAUGAAAGUAACAAUUUUAUGGAGGGUAAAAAAAUUUUUGAUCUAAAUGAUUUUAUGUCAAAUGGUUGGAAGUGUUUAAAACUAUUAAGGUAUAAAACACCUAAAGAGAUAAAACAUCAUCCAUCUAUACUUGAAGUCAAAAAAGAUAAUCUAAUUCAAGAUAAUAAAUAUCAUAUCAAUAAUGAAACGGAAGAAUAUAAUGUUGAAACUGUCAAUGUUAAAGAACUAUUAUUUACUGAAAAAACCAAAAUCAUAAUUCAUGAGUCAAAAGAAGCUCACAAACUCUUUGAAGAAGCUGACAGAAAACUUAAGGAUAUUCAGAGAAAAAUAUCUGAUCUUCAAAAAUCAUUAAUUAACAAUUAUGGUUUGGAAAAUGAAUUUGCUGCUUUAUAUGAGCAAUGCUAUGAACUUACUAAUCAAGAAUAUACAUACAAAUUAUGUUUAUUUGAAAAAGUAACCCAAAGGUCUGUAAAAGGAGGUUCUGAAGUGAACCUAGGUGUUUGGAAGGAUUGGGUCAAUUUUUCCAAUAAUGACCCAAAAUAUCAUACUAUGUUAUAUGAUAAAGGACAAUACUGUUUAAAUCAUUAUCAAAGGUUUACUUUUGUGCACUUGAGUUGUGGUUUAAAACCUAAACUUAUUUCAGUAACCGAGCCUAAUCACUGCGAAUACUCAAUGGAAUUUGAAUUACCUUCAGUAUGUGUAAGGCAAGAUGCUAAAUACUCCAAUGAAUUUAAACGAGAAGAAUUAUAACCAGUUAUUUUUAUAUUCUACAUUUUUAGUAUUAAUACUAUAAUAAUUUAUUGUAAUUUUUAAUUGUU